CGCCCGCCGCGGCCGCGUUGAUAGGAGGGGGAGACUCUCCCGGGCGCCAGCACAGGAAGGGAGGUGGCCGCGGUGUCAUUCUUAAAGGGGCCAGAGGGAAGGCGAGAGGCUACCGACGGCCGGAAGGAAAAUGAGUGAAUCUUUGGUGGUUUGUGAUGUUGCUGAAGAUUUAGUGGAAAAGCUGAGAAAGUUUCGUUUUCGUAAAGAAACGAACAAUGCUGCCAUUAUAAUGAAGAUUGACAAGGAUAAACGCCUGGUGGUGCUGGAUGAGGAGCUUGAGGGCAUUUCACCUGAUGAACUUAAAGAUGAACUGCCUGAACGACAACCUCGCUUCAUUGUGUAUAGUUAUAAAUAUCAGCAUGAUGAUGGAAGAGUUUCAUAUCCUUUGUGCUUUAUUUUCUCCAGUCCUGUUGGGUGUAAGCCUGAACAGCAGAUGAUGUAUGCUGGGAGUAAGAAUAAGCUAGUCCAAACAGCUGAACUCACCAAGGUCUUUGAAAUAAGAAAUACUGAAGACCUAACUGAAGAAUGGUUACGUGAGAAACUUGGAUUUUUCCACUAAUGUGAACUUCUGUGUUUCUAAAGUAUUUAUGUAUUAACCUGACCAUACUGGAACCAGACAUAAAUACUUAUUUAUGCCUAAAAAUGCACUGUUAUUUACAGUUUGUUUCCUGCAGUAAAGAAAAAUCUUCAUUUGUGCAAAAUUUGAACAAAGAGGAAAUUAUCUUCAUAGUAAUGAAACUUUGUAAAGUGUUUCCUUAUAUUUGUAAUUGUUAGGUGGACUACUUCUCUCCAGGAACUUUUUGCACUCUUGUGACUAAUUUCUAUAACUUACGGUUCAGAAUUUGUUACUAUUUACAGACACCAUUGGAAAGUGGGUAUUAGAUUGUGAUAGACAACAGUUGCCUCCUUUUGACAAAUACUGGAUAUUAGCAGUUUAUAUGUGAAAAUAAUAUAUUAUCACUUCUCAAAUCUUGAAAUUAGUUUGGGUUUAAAGACUUGAGUGACCUAAUUUUGAGCCAUGAAUAGUAAUGCACCGUAGGGUAGCCUACAUUACGAGUACAUUUUUCAUCAAUUCCGUACCUUCUUUGGUUUCCUCAAUCUUUUUGAUCAAGCCCAGAAACCAUGUUCAUCAAUCAUUCUUUAAGUCUGGAAGUUAGAUUUUAUGAUAAAGUUAUGACUAUGACUAUUACAUUUUCUUCUUAUGGUAAGUAGUGUCUUAAUCUUAAAAACUGGUGGGUUAUAACUAAUCAAGGGCUUCAUUUCUGAUUAUGUCAUUUCUAGAUAGUUUUAAACCUAGGUUAAUAACACUGUUUAUAAAGCAUUUCCUAAUGUCAUAUGAACACUAGUUAUUUUAAAUGUGUUAACACUGUGCCUUUGAUUUGUUAGUUUUAAAGUUGGUUGAAGACUUUUACACUGCCAGUAUUCCAGAUUUGGUGAAAUCAAUACUUUUGUAAAGGGUCCAAGUAAAAUAAUUUUCUAAUGUGUGUAUCUGAAAUUUGUAAUAAAAUCAACUUCAUAUUUUUAAAAUUCCAACUACCUGCACGCAUCAGUGAAUAUUUGGCAGUUGUGAGUUAUAAUUUUAGAUAUAUUUGUGAUUAAGUUUGUGCCAUAGGGAAAAAUUACUUACCUUAAGAUUUUGGCCAUCGUUAAUAACCUUAACAGACCAAUAGAAUUUGCGUCUUAUAUUCUGAACAUCAGAAGAUAUUCUAAUUUCGAGCCAAAUAAUUAAUUAGUCUUAUUAGAUGCAAAUAUCCUUAGCAUAAAGCGAGGAUUCUAAUACAUACAGUGUUCUUUUAAAAACGAAGUGUAAGUAACUGUUUAACACUAAUUUGACAAAAGGUCUAGAGACACAACACUAACCACAUUUGGUGGGUGAAUUCUUACGUUAAGAAUGUUUUAGUUAUUUCAAAACUAGCAAAGGCUUUUUUUUUUUUUUUUUAUGUUGGCGUGUUUUCUGUUCAUAUUCUUUGCAUCCUUUUUGAGGUUUCUGUGCCAACUUCAAUAAAGAGGUAAAGAUGGUUGGAAUUUUCACAGUAUUGAAGAGAGCAUCCUCUCUUCCCAACACCUGUAGCUUACUGUUUGGCUCCAUUAAUCUAGAAGUAAGGAAGCAAUAGGAAGUUAGUUGGAGAUGAAAAAGUGGUAAGGGGCUGUUUGUUUUGGUUAAUGAGUGAAAAUGAGUCUUUAUUCCAAUUUCCAGAGAGAGAGAAAACUUCACCCAGGAAGUGUAUGAAUUCUUUAAACAGGUAUUUUGAUACUGGAGAAUAACUUGCUUGGAAUUCUGUAGAAAUGCAAGUGUAAUCCAAGCGAAUGGAGAGUGUUGUUAAUGUUUUUGAAUGGAGGAAAUAAGAUUUUAUUUCACUUGGUUCACAGCAAUAAGAGAAACUGACUAGUGCUGUAAGAAUGUAUUUUUUAAUGAGGUUCCUUAGUUUGUCUUGUGUGGUUUUUUAGUUUGUUUAUUUGUUUUUGUUUUGAAAGCUCUCUGCUCCAAAAUGUCAGAUAAUAUUGACCUUCCAUAUAUAGAGCUCUUGGUUCCGCUGUUCUCUAAAUGGGGCAAAAAGCAGUAGUAAAUCAGGCUUUUUUGAGCUUCUCUGACUCUCCUUAUCAGUAACAUGUAUUUUGCAAGACAACAGAUUGAGGUUAGGGGAUCAGUAGAAUGAUUUUUCAAUCCCUCACUAUAUACUAUUAAAUGUCCUAAAGGGAGAUUUAUAAGUGCCAUACUUUAAAGUAUUCCUAAAUUUUACAUAAAUUUCCCUUUUAUCUGACCAAAUUUUGUAUUGUUCUUUUAUAUUUCCUAUUUGGUCUUCUUUUCUGCCUUCUCUCAAAUAGUAACUCCAGAUUUCAUAAUUCCAGUUUUCACAUUCCAUAUCUUUAUGGUACAGGCUAUUCCCAUUUGGUCUUAAAUUGUAAUCUUUCCUUUUUGGCAGCUGGUUUUGGUCCUGGUAACCUCCUUCAUGGUCUUCUACAUCAGCAUUAGUUUUGGAAUUGUUGGCCUUGCAUAAGUUGUGCAUAGCAUCUAAUGUUGCCAGAAUAGAGCCAACUAGUAACUACAGUAUGUUUUCAGUAUGAUUUUUGUGGCAACAUAAAUGACUUAUGAAGAAAACCGUUCUCAGGUUACUAUGCUGAAAUUCCAAAUGUUGUCUGAGCUUUGAAUAGUAUUCACUUUGUUCUGGUGUUGAAACAAUUGUUAGGAAAAAGUUGGUUGACUGACUGUUUUUGUUGAAUUGACUUCUCAAACAUUUCAAUCGUGUAUUUCUAAAAAGUUUACUCAAUGCAUAGUGCAGUUAAACAUACUCUUGUUUAAGAGGGUGUUGCUAAAUUUUGUUAUUGCCGUUACUAAAUAAUCUGUGUAGCAAAAUGUCUGUCAGCACUUUUCUCUCCCUCUUUAUCUCCUAUUUUCAGGAGUCAAAUGCAGCUGUAAACUGUAUUCCGGUCUGACACUUACCUAAAAAUUUCCAGUUAGGGGAGUUUAUUGCCAAAUUAAAUUUGGCUGUUUUUCCCCCUACCCGUAUAGAUAGUAAGGAAGGCAUACUUAAAAAGAGAAAAUGUGGUGGACUACUUUUAAAACCCAAGUCAGCAAUGUCAUUAAUCCAUAAUGUGGACUAGUGAUGGAUAGACAUUUUCAUAAGAGUUUAAAUGCUGGUAUUUGGUGGAAGUAGAGAGUAACUCGUAACUCGUAUUCUAUCAAUUCAAAUAUUCCUAGCGCGGUUGCUUUCUCUGUUUGUUCGAUAGACUGAUAAUACUGGAAUCUUCACACAAUUUGAGCCUUUACAACUUAUGUGAAGGGAUGUCUCAAACAUUUGCUGUCAAACCUGAUUUUGUAUUUCUGCAAGAAUGUAAAUAAUCUAGACCACUUAAAACCAAUGGUCCCAAGUUGAAUAUUCUUGAGAAAUUUGUUUCCUAUUAUGCCAUUUGACAUUUCAAAUCAGUGAUCAUAUUCCUGUAAUAUUUAAAACAACUACAGUAAUGUGAUAGAAACUUUUUUUUGUUGGUUUUGUUUUUGGUUUUUUGGAAUAUAGUUCAUACAUAUAUAAUUACUUGAAUAUUGUUCGAAAUUACUAACAUGACAGGGCAUUUCCCACUGAUUUUAAUGGUCCAAUAUAAUCUCAUUCCGGAGGCUUGAAACAUGGUCAGUCUUGUGAAUUUUCACAGCUCCCUGUCAACGUUUAGCAAAAUCAACAACGGCACAACUUAAGCUAUGGUUUCAGUCUCUGCUAGUUCAUGCUGCAUGUUUAUUUUGGACAGUCUUUUGUUAAGCAUGGUGCUUGUACUGGUUUAAAUAAAAUGUUAACAUGAAA